AUGGACGGUUUAUUCGAAGUGUUAUCAAAAACUCAAGGAAAACCAUUAUUAAACAGUCAUCUCUUUGGUUUGUUCUUUGGUCUAUAUCAUAAACUAACCGGUUUAAAGAUACUGAAUAAACCCUAUAGAAUUAUAAAAAAUAAGCUUGUUGACCCACAUUACCAAACUAUAGAUAGAAAAAAACCAAGAGAUACCAUCGACGAAUUAAUAUUACUAAAUGAAAGUUACCCACCAGAACAGCAAUUUGAGCACAACAUUUUAGCACCAAUUUUAGAUUUUUUUAAUGCAGGACUCAACUCUACAAGUAUUUUAAUGGAAUGGUUUUUAUUAAUAAUGGCAAACCACCCAGAGGUACAAGAAAAAAUCUACAGUGAAAUAUCAAAGCUUGAUAAAAACUUCAUCUCCAUUAAAAACCGUUAUGAAACACCCUUCCUCAACUCUGUUCUUUAUGAAGUCAUUAGAUAUAGGAUCGGUACAUCAACUGCCCCAAGAGUUGCAAAAGAGGAUAUAGAGGUCGAUGGUUAUUUUAUUCCAAAGGGCGCCGCUGUAGCAAUAAUUACAUCAUCUAUUUUUAUGGAUGAAGAUUACUGGGAAGAUCCCCAACAAUUCAAACCUGAUCGUUUUAUCGGUGAACCAAAGGGUCAUAUGGAAAGAAUCUUGCUCUAUGGUAUUGGAAAAAGACAAUGUGUAGGUAAAAACCUUUCCAACGAUAUUAACUACUUGUUCUGCUCCAAUAUGAUUUUAAAUUUCAAAAUUAGAUCAUCAACAAAUCAAAUUAUUGAUGACUCGCCAAACUUUAGAUUGAAUUCAAUUCCUAAAUCCCACAGUUUAGUUUUAGAAAAAAGAUUAUAA